CCACCUUCAGAAUUGGAAAGAGAAUAUUCCAGUCAACAUUGUCAAAAGCCUUCUCUAAGUCUACAAAUGCUAGAAACGUAGGUUUGCCUUUCCUUAAUCUUUCUUGUAAAAUAAGUCGUAGGGUCAGUACUGCCUCACGUGUUCCAACAUUUCUACAGAAUCCAAAGUGAUCUUCCCCGAGGUCGGCUUCUACCAGUUUUUCCAUUCGUCUGUAGAGAAUUAUUCUCAGGUAUACCUUUGAAAAACUUAAUUAACUCUACGAACUACCUCCAUGUUAGAGAUGUAUUGAAGAAAGUGGGGUCAUUGUCUUCUCAGCGUCUCCAGCAUUCUGAACAACUGGGGACACGCGAGAAGCAGUGACUGGCGGCCAGUCUAAGCCGAGCCGGCCUACCCUACUCUUACGAUGAGAGACACUCAUUCACUACAGUUAGCAACGUGACGAGGCGCACGUAAUAAGGAUAUCCGCAGCUCCGUGCAGGGGCAUAUCGCACUGCGUCCCACUGCGUUGCCUUCCAAGAAGGCACGUCGCGUAAACACGGCCCUUUUUGCUCGUUUUGUGUUUGUUUUUUUAAGCCGUGACGACGGGCAGCGGCGAUCGACGAGGUCGGGCAAAGAUUGCAGGGGCGCGGGGUCGGUGGUCGGUGCGCACGCAGCGGCGGCGUGGCUGGGCUGCGCCUACAAGAGUCGCCGGCCGGCUCGCCAGCGCGCAGUCACCGCCCGCUCUCGCCGCCAGCCAUGAACAACAACGUCAGCUGUCGCUUCGUCAAGGAGGAGCACAUCAGCUCCGGAGACUGGCUCUCGCUCGCCAGGAUCACCUACCUCGACCAGAACGGCACGCCCAGAGUUUGGGAAGGUGCAACAAGGCUGACAAGAACUGACAAUGCCAAGAUUGACGCAGUUGGUGUCAUUGCUUUUUACAAAAGACUGCUGCAUUAUGACUGUAUUAUUCUUGUCAAGCAAUACAGACCAGCAUUGAAGGCUUAUAGUAUUGAAAUGCCAGCAGGUCUAGUUCAAGAAAAUGAGUCUCCUGAUGAAUCAGCAUUGAGAGAACUCAAGGAAAUCACGGGUUUCACAGGAAAGAUCAAGAAGAUUGGCCCAAUACUAGCAAUGGACCCUGGUGCUUCCAACUGCUCAAUGCGUCUGGUCACAGUGGAGGUGAAUGGUGAUGAUGUUGAUAACCUGAAUUUGAAAAUUAAUGGAAAUGGAGUCAGAUUUAAGGAACCACUCCUGAUUCCUGUGUCAGAACUUUUGGAGAAAUUAAGUGCAUAUGCAUCUGCAGGAUUUAUCAUCGAUUCAAGAAUUGAUGCAUUUGCCAUUGGUUUGGUUAUGGGUAACCAGAACAGGAAAAACAAAAUACCCACCACACUGCUCUGAAGAGGCAUUUGCAACACUUCAUAUCAGCUUAUCAAAUACCAAACUGUAUAUUUUAAUUCAGUACAUUAUUGUAUUUAGCUGAAUUCAUCCCUGUACCUGUAAUUAUUUUCAUGUCUAGUAUAAUACUAUUUUCUUUGUUGAUUGUAUGUCACCAUAUCUCUCUCCUGACUUGAUGUUAAUUCUUCUGCACUGAAAGGACUUCAAUUUUGUGAUUUCUUCAUAUAUUUCACUUGGAGUCUGACUUCUGUUGAAUUCAACACAAAUUUGACUUAUUGCAUUCAGAUUGUUCCUUAAUUAGCUUAUCAAAAAUGUGUCUUGUACUGCGGACAAUAUUCUUCAUUUGCAAAUUUAUUCAAAAAGAGUGUAAUAUGCACAAUUGAUUUCUGUGUCUUGCUGCAGAUUACAGAGCCUGUCUACUACUUGUUUCAAUAAGUUUCAUACAUUUAAAGGAAAAGAAUCUCAAAUUUAAUUUAUUGUAUGAUGGGUGAGAGCUAGUGGAAUACUUCAACCAAGAAUCAUUGUUAUAAUCACUUGUCAUUCAUCAUUAUUUUCUAAUUUCACAAGGAUCAUCACAAACAUAUUUCACAGCAUCAUUUAUUUAAGAUAUUUUGUACUAAAUAAGUUCUUUAUUCAUCAUCUUAAUUUAUUUUCUGCAAACUGUCAUUUAGAAAUUUGUCUGUUAAUUUUAGUGUACACUUAUUGUCUAUUAUUCCCAUUUUGUUGUCUGUUGCAAAUUGUCCUGUUAUCUUAUUGCCAUUUCUAAUUUUCCUCUAAUUCAAAUCUAUUACAACCAUAAAAACUUAAAGGUUUCUACCUCAUGUCACAUAUUACUGUGUGCAUAGAAAGUCACUGGGAAACACAAGAAAGUGGAGAAUGUUAUCAGCUCCUACAAAGACUGAAUUCUGUUUAUGGGCCGUAAAUGCUAAGAGAGAGAUAAAAUCCAGAAUGUAAAUCUCUCUCAUAUUAAUUUUAGAGAGAGAGAGAGAGAGAGAGAGAGAGAGAGAGAGAGAGAGAGUGAGUGUAUUUUUUGUGUUUGAUUGUUUUAUUCUGGUCACUGAUGAUAAAAUGCCAAUAUGCUGAGAGUGUGUUCUCAGAAGUGUCUGUAUUAUUAUAUAAUUUUUAUGUGACUGAAUAUUAGCAAUAAUUUUUAAAAUGAUAAUAAACAAAAAUUAAUGUAAAA